AUGGUUCUUCCAAGAUUAUUUAAUACUACUACUUCACGUGCUGCUUUCAAAGCAGUUACACGUAAUAGUUUAUUUGCUAAUAGAACUUUAGCAACUGCUGCUAAUUCAGAAGGUAAAGUUAGGUACGUAAUCAACUCAAUUAUAUAACUGCUUGAUUUUUUUUUGUUGUGACAUCAAUUAAUCAAUUGAAUUAAUUCAAUUGCCAUCUGGCUGCAGUUCCCCCUGUUUCAGUUUUUAAUGUUGAGAAUUUUAGGGGAAAAUGAGGAAUUAGAGUAAAACAAAAAAGCUUAAUGAACACGAUCCACAAUUAUCAUCAAUUACAGAACAAUUUCAAGUCUACUUCCACCUUUCAUCGUGUUGUUGUUCCAUGCCCAAUCAAAUUUUUCACAAUUCUUCAUUUUUUUUUCAAUUUUUCGUUCGCAAUGCGAACUAACCAAUUAAAGUUUUUUUGAAUCACAGAAACAAAUUUUGCAGCCAAAUAUAAGAAAUAUACUAACAUAUUUAAUAGAGCUGUUAUUGGUGCCGUUGUUGAUGUCCAUUUCGAUGAUGGUAAUUUACCAGCUAUUUUCAAUGCUUUAAAAUUGAAAAAUGGUGAUCAAGAUUUAAUUUUAGAAGUUGCACAACAUUUAGGUGAAAACACUGUUAGAGCUAUUGCUAUGGAUGGUACCGAAGGUUUAGUUAGAGGUACUAAAGUUUCAGACACUGGUGCUCCAAUUUCAGUUCCAGUCGGUAGAGGUACUUUAGGUAGAAUCUUAAAUGUUACUGGUGAUCCAAUUGAUGAAAGAGGUCCAAUUGAAUGUAAAAAAAGAAACCCAAUUCAUGCUGAACCACCAGCAUUCAUUGAACAAUCAACUGCUGCUGAAGUUUUAGAAACUGGUAUUAAAGUUGUUGAUUUAUUAGCUCCAUACGCAAGAGGUGGUAAAAUUGGUUUAUUCGGUGGUGCAGGUGUUGGUAAAACAGUCUUUAUCCAAGAAUUAAUUAACAAUAUUGCUAAAGCUCAUGGUGGUUUCUCAGUUUUCACUGGUGUUGGUGAAAGAACAAGAGAAGGUAAUGAUUUAUACCGUGAAAUGCAAGAAACUGGUGUUAUUAAUCCAGAAGGUGAAUCAAAAGUCGCUUUAGUUUUCGGUCAAAUGAAUGAACCACCUGGUGCUAGAGCUAGAGUUGCUUUAACUGGUUUAACUAUUGCCGAAUAUUUCAGAGAUGAAGAAGGUGCUGAUGUCUUAUUAUUUAUUGAUAAUAUUUUUAGAUUUACUCAAGCAGGUUCAGAAGUCUCAGCUUUAUUGGGUCGUAUUCCAUCAGCUGUCGGUUAUCAACCAACUUUGGCAACGGAUAUGGGUUUAUUACAAGAACGUAUUACAACUACUAAAAAAGGUUCAGUCACUUCAGUUCAAGCUGUUUACGUCCCUGCGGAUGAUUUAACAGAUCCAGCUCCAGCUACCGUAUGUAUCAAAUUACUUUUAAGUUUGACUGAUUACUAACAAUUUUAGACGUUUGCCCAUUUGGAUGCAACUACUGUUUUAGAUAGAGGUAUUUCAGAAUUAGGUAUUUACCCUGCAGUUGAUCCAUUAGAUUCAAAAUCAAGAUUAUUAGAUGCUGCAAUUGUUGGUCAAGAACAUUACGAUGUUGCAACCGGUGUUCAACAAACAUUGCAAGCAUAUAAAUCUUUACAAGAUAUAAUUGCGAUCUUGGGUAUGGAUGAAUUGUCAGAAGCUGAUAAGUUGACCGUUGAAAGGGCCAGAAAGAUUCAAAGAUUCUUAUCACAACCAUUUGCUGUCGCUGAAGGUAUGUAUCGAUGCAAGUAAAAUAAGAACGCAAUACUAACAUUACUGAUAGUUUUUACAGGUAUUCCAGGUAAAUUAGUUAGAUUAAGUGAAACGUACGUAUAAAAUCAUUUUUUUUAAAACUAUCAUGAGUUGAAUACUAACCAAUUACCUCAAGCAUAAAAAGUUUUAAGGAUGUUUUAGAAGGGAAAUACGACACACUUCCUGAAUCGUACGUAACAUUAAUUUAAACUAACUGAAUUAUACUAACUUUUUUUUAGGAGUUUUUAUAUGGUCGGAGGUAUUGAAGACGUCGUUGCUAAAGCUGAAAAAUUAGCUGCUGAAGGUAAAUAA